AUGGUGCCUGCGGAUGUGUUUCAUGUCGCAUUGCCCAAGAAGCUGGGUGUAUCCUCUGGACGGCAUUUGUUGGCAAUUGCAGAGGAUGCAGACUCUAGAAGUAGCCAGUUUGAUGCUGAGACAGGUUCCAUCCCGAGCAGUCUGCUGAGUGGAAGAUCCCCUCAGACAGGCGGCGCGCGAUCUGUUACCUCCGUGGGCAGUGGCAUGUCAGAGAGCAUUCAGAUGUUUGAGGAGCUUUCCCAAGUGACACUGACCGUGAAUGCCAGCACAGAGCUGAUAGACGUGAUCGAAGUCAUCAUGCGUUUCUCACGGCAUUCAGAUGAGGACAAGCUCGAGUUCGGCAUGCCCACGCUGAAAAAGUUCAUCCGUCCUUUGGACUGGUUUCCGUUGGAGGCCAAGCUGCGCCAGUACGCGCAGGCGGCUCGGAAAGAGCAGCCGGCGCAGAAGAAGCUCGCACCCCUGAUGCUGCGUGUCCCUGGAGAUUCGCGAGGCUUUCUUCGUGCACAGAGUGUAUCAGUGAAGUCUGCAUUUGGCGGACCCCGUCCUGGGAAACAGCCGGCCUUGCUUCACAUGACUUUGAGCAGUUUCAAUGAGGAGCGGCGUGCGGCGACAGCAGAGCCGCCACCACUAUCACGAGUAGAAGAGAGUUCCCAUGCUCGGGCGGAAGCUCCGCCGCAAAGCUGA